GCGGAGGGAGAGGCGUAUUGUCAGUCUUUCUUGGCUGUGCUGCGUGCGCGUAUCUCCCGGCGUUGUUUCAGGAGCUGAAGACACACCUCGUCGUUCACGCGGUUCUGCAAAAUGAAACGAGUUUGGGCGAUAGGUCUCCUCUUUGCACUCGUUGCCUUUGCUGCUGUGAAGGCGGAGGAUGAGCUGGACGUCGACGGGGUGGUGGAGGAGGACUUUGGUAAAAGCAGAGAUGCCUCCAGAACCGAUGAUGAGGUGGUACAGAGAGAGGAGGAGGCUAUCCAGCUGGAUGGUUUGAAUGCAGCUCAGAUAAAGGAAAUCCGAGAGAAGUCUGAAAAACACGUCUUUCAGGCAGAAGUCAACCGAAUGAUGAAGCUGAUUAUCAACUCCCUCUACAAGAACAAGGAGAUCUUUCUUAGGGAGCUCAUUUCCAACGCUUCGGAUGCUCUGGAUAAGAUCCGCUUGUUGUCUCUGACCAAUGACGAGGCAAUGGCCUCCAACGAAGAGCUGACCAUCAAAAUAAAGUCUGAUAAGGAGAAGAACAUGCUUCACAUCACUGACACUGGCGUUGGAAUGACCAAAGAGGAUCUGGUGAAGAACUUGGGCACCAUUGCCAAGUCUGGCACCAGCGAGUUCCUCAACAAGAUGUCAGACAUGCAGACUGAGGACCAAUCCACCUCGGAGCUUAUUGGCCAAUUCGGUGUGGGUUUCUACUCUGCGUUCCUCAUCGCCGACAAAGUCAUUGUGACGUCCAAACACAACAACGACACCCAGCACAUCUGGGAGUCCGACUCCAAUCAGUUCUCCGUCAUUGAGGACCCCCGCGGAGACACACUGGGCAGAGGAACCACCAUCACACUGGUCCUGAAAGAGGAGGCCUCUGACUAUCUCGAGCUGGAGACCAUUAAGAACCUCGUCAAGAAAUACUCCCAGUUCAUCAACUUUCCCAUCUACGUCUGGGCUAGCAAGACUGAGACGGUUGAGGAGCCCAUUGAGGAAGAUGCUGAAGCAGCAGAGGAACCAGAGAAGGAGGCUGCUGAGGAGGAGGCAGAGGUAGAGGAGGAAGAGGAGGAGGACAAAGACAAAGACAAGCCCAAGACUAAGAAGGUUGAGAAGACCGUGUGGGACUGGGAACUGAUGAAUGACAUCAAGCCCAUCUGGCAAAGACCAGCCAAGGAGGUCGAGGAGGAAGAGUACAAGGCUUUCUACAAAACCUUCUCCAAGGACUCUGAAGACCCUCUGGCCCACAUCCACUUCACGGCCGAGGGGGAGGUGACCUUCAGAUCGAUCCUGUUCAUACCCACGGCAGCGCCCCGCGGCCUGUUUGACGAGUACGGCUCCAAGAAGAACGACUACAUCAAGCUGUUUGUAAGGAGAGUUUUCAUCACUGACGACUUCAACGACAUGAUGCCCAAGUACCUGAACUUUGUGAAGGGAGUGGUCGACUCUGAUGACCUUCCCCUGAAUGUGUCAAGAGAGACUCUGCAGCAACACAAACUGCUCAAGGUUAUCCGCAAGAAGCUGGUGCGCAAGUCUUUGGACAUGAUCAAGAAGAUUGCAGAGGCGCAGUACAACGAGAAGUUCUGGAAGGAGUUCGGAACCAACAUCAAACUGGGCGUCAUUGAGGAUCACUCCUACAGGACCCGUCUGGCCAAGCUGCUGCGCUUCCAGACCUCCAACAGCGACACAGAGGUGGCUAGCCUGGAGCAGUACGUGGAGCGCAUGAAGGAGAAGCAGGACAAGAUUUACUUCAUGGCUGGUACCAGCAGGAAGGAGGCCGAGUCUUCUCCCUUCGUGGAGCGGCUGCUGAAGAAAGGCUACGAGGUGAUCUACCUGACGGAGCCGGUGGACGAGUACUGCAUCCAGGCACUACCCGAGUUUGACGGAAAGCGCUUCCAGAACGUCGCAAAGGAGGGCGUGAAAUUUGACGAGAGUGACAAGACCAAGGAGAAGAGGGAGGCCCUGGAGAAGGAGUACGAGCCUCUCACCACCUGGCUGAAGGACAAGGCCCUGAAGGACAUGAUCGAGAAGGCUGUCGUCUCUCAGAGGCUGACCAACUCCCCCUGCGCUCUGGUUGCCAGUCAGUACGGCUGGUCAGGAAACAUGGAGAGGAUCAUGAAGGCACAGGCUUACCAGACCGGAAAAGACAUUUCCACAAACUAUUAUGCCAGCCAGAAGAAAACUUUAGAAAUCAACCCCAAACAUCCUCUGAUCAAGCAGAUGCUCAACAAAGUCCAUGAUGAUGCUGAGGACCAGACUGCGUCAGAUCUGGCGGUGGUCCUGUUCGAGACGGCCACGCUGCGCUCCGGCUACCAGCUGGCUGACACGAAGGCCUACGGAGAGCGGAUAGAGCGCAUGCUGCGACUCAGCAUGAACGUAGCUCUGGACGAACAGAUUGAGGAGGAGCCGGAGGAGGAGCCGGAGGAGGAGCCGGAGGAUCAAGCCGAGGAUGACUCUGAAGAUAAAGAAGAAACCGUAGAUGACGAGGAGGAAACGAUAAAAUUUGACAAAACUGAACUGGGUGGGUUUUUUUUUACCCCCUCCAACCCCAAAUUUCGCCCGUGUGCUUCUGAUAUUUUUCUUCUUCAAAUUCGCAGGAAACCGGGUUUGGUCCACAUUCAUAGACUGAUAAUAGGAAUGAGUAUAGAAAUCCCCGAAGGACUGACGGAGCUGUUGCAGAGCUUUACCGUGGAAGUGUUGAGGAAUCAGCCCAGGGAUUUGCUCGAGUUCGCGUUGCAGUAUUUCACCCAGCUGAAGGAACGUGAGACCACGCAGGCCUCAUUUGGCAAUGACCAAAAUUCGGCACCAAGACCCGUCAAAGCGGUCAAUUUCAUUGACGAAGCCAUGCAGAUGGAUUCUGAAAACGGAGAGGAGAACGACGACGACGACGACGACGACGAGGAAUUCAUAGCCCCGGUAAUAAACAGAUUCAUCAGAAGAGCCUCAGUUUGUGCUGAAGCGUUCAAUCCUGAUGACGACGAUGAGGAUAAAGAGCCAUGGGUCAUCCACCCCAAAACCGAUGACCAGAGACAGAGACUACAGGAAGCAUGUUGGGACAUUCUUCUCUUCAAGAAUUUGGAUCCGGAAGAGAUGUCUCAGGUGCUGGAUGCUAUGUUUGAGAAGUUCUGCACUGAAGGGGAGCACAUCAUCGACCAAGACGAUGAUGGAGACAACUUUUACGUUAUUGAAAGCGGGACAUUUAAGAUCUUCGUGAAGGUCGAUGGCACGGAUAAGCUGGUAGGCUGCUAUGACAACCGAGGCAGCUUUGGAGAACUGGCGCUGAUGUACAACACCCCCAGGGCGGCCACAAUAAUUGCCACCUCUCCUGGAGCCCUUUGGUGCCUCGAUCGUCUGACAUUCCGGAGGAUUAUAGUGAAGAACAAUGCCAAGAAAAGGAGGGUGUAUGAGGCGUUCAUUGAAACGCUACCACUGCUUACAUCUUUAGAGCUCUCAGAGAGAAUGAAAGUAGUGGACGUCAUUUCCACCAAGACUUACAGCGAUUCGCAGCAGAUCAUCGCUCAGGGUGAUUUAGCAGAUUGCUUCUACAUUGUUGAGUCUGGCCAAGUUAGAAUCACCAUGAAAAGAAGCAGGACGAAAAAAGACCAGGAGGAUGAGGAGAUGGAUAUUGCCACGUGCAUGAGGGGCCAGUAUUUCGGGGAGCUAGCGCUCGUCACAAACAAGCCCAGAGCUGCAUCAGCAUAUGCAGUGGGAAGCGUCAAAUGCUUAGCCAUGGACGUCCAAGCCUUUGAGAGAUUGCUGGGUCCUUGCAUGGACAUCAUGAAGAGAAACAUAGCUAACUAUGAGGAGCAGCUGGUGACCCUGUUUGGAAGUAGCACUGGGAUGGAGCAACAAAGUGCGUGAGACAGCUGGGCCCGAGAAACGAGUCUUGUACGGAUGUUUGUCCCCAUAUCCACUUAAAUGGCUUUUUCUUACAAAUGUGAAUAUCCACUAUAACAUUUGUGUGUCUGAUGAAUAAAAUAGACUACGCCGGAAUCACGUUUGAGACUAUAGGUUCAUUUUAGCAGACUUUCGCCAAAUUGCGUUACAAUGGAAGUAAAGAGUUCAUAAAGCUCGUUUGAGUUUUCAUCACUGUCACCCAAAAAAUGUAAGCGGAUAUUUUACUCUUCGGUGUCAGACGCGUUCAUUGUUUGUAUAUUAAACCCUUUUGUUAUCGCUCACCUUUUUCUCCAGUGUUAAUUACACCUACAGUAUAAUAUUGUUUGUACAUUUAUAAACAUUGUUUGUUGAAAUCAGAUGCCAAAGCUAAUUUCUUACUGGAUUAAUUGUGAGCCAAUAUGUCCCAAUCUCUUGUCAUUUUGGGAAGGGCAUUAACAAAAGUGCCCCAACAUUAAAAGGAUUAACAAUUUGUAUAAAAAGUUGAUUUGAUGACAUAGUUCAGAAUCUGAUCACAACAGAAUGUAGACUUGGCACUACUGUAACAUUUUGUUUGUCAUACAUUUGAAUCCUUGAACACAUGUUCAUUGACUGUGUAUCAUUGGUAAGUGUGUUUGUGGCUGUUAGCCUAAUACUAUGCUUUUGCAAAAAAACUAACUUCCGAGAGAUAGCUGAUAGUUUUGUAUGAAUAUACCACACAUUGCUGUACAAUUUCAAACAUAUAUUUACGGUUGUUGUAUAGGCCCAGCUUAGAUUUGAUAAGUUGGCCCAUUAAACUGUGGUCAUUA